AUGAGCGAACUGCUCAAGUUGCAAAAGCAUUGGCGGCCCUUAAAAGAGCUGAGGUACGAAAAAAGACAAGGAAAGUGGGAAGAAGGAAAACCGGAGCGAAAGCAACAGUACCAGGCGGACAUGAAAUACGGGGCGAUGCGAGCGCGACGAAACGGGGUAUCAACGGAGAUGCUUAUCCGGGCCGUGUGGGCUGCGAGUGGCCCGGGGCGGCAC